GAUCCCUCCGCCGCUCCGCUCCAACACAAAAUAGGGCCGCGUCUUCUCCUUUCUCCCCCUUCUCGAGUGGGGUUCCCCAGGCAAAAGGGCCCCCAGGAUCUCGCGCCGGAGGCUUCCUGAAUCUCCACGACCGCUGCCGGGAUCUCGGGCCAGGAAAUAGCCCCUUCGCAGGAACCACCCUACCGGCCGAACAGGAGGCGGAGGGGGGGAGGCGGAGCGGCGCCGCGCUGCACUACUUUCCUCUCCGGUUGCAAAUGGCUGCCUCGUUCCCCACUUUCCGCUCAGUUUCCUGACCCCCCGGCGCCGGGAGCCGGGGUUGGGCCAUGCACCUCUAGGCCCCCCGCGAUCACAGCCAGCCGGGGGUCGAGGGGGUGCCGCCGAUCAGAGCCGGCCAGGCCGGGGGCGGGGCAGCUCCCGAGGCCAGAGGGAAAGGGAGGCGAGCGCAGGGCCUGGAGCGGCCGGAGGGGAGCGGGCAGAGGGCUCGCACCGCCCGCCCCUUCCUCUUCCUCGCCCACCUACCCUCCUCCCUUCCCGGGGGGGAGAAGAAGGUGGGGUGCUCGAAGCCGCCGAGGGCGAGCGUUCGGGGUCGAGGAGCCCGGCGCUGGGUGUGUGUCAGGUUCAGCCCCGCGGCCCCGCCGGCUCCGCGUCGCCGUAGCUCGCGCGGCCCCGGGGCGCCGGCCCGAGCGGAGAGAGGGGCUCGGCGCUCCUGCGAGGGUCUCACGUUCCAUCCGGGCCCGGCGCGGGCCGGCGCGGCAUUCCUUCCGGGCUGCUGGGGAGGCGCCUCGACGUUCCAUCUGGAGAGCCUCGACGUUCCGCCCGAGCCCGGCGCGGGCGGCCGGGGCGCUGGCCCGGCCCUAGGACUGAAAGGCCGCCGGGCGACGCGGAUGCGGAGCCUGCUCGCCCAAGAUCAAAGCCACCGGUGCUCUCUUUGUGUCCGCUCGGGAUUCACCGCCCUGGGGCUGUCCAUGGAAACCUAAACUGCUGGAACCCGAGGCAGAGAACCCCUCUUUGGCUUCUUGCUUUUUUUGGGGGGGGGGAAGGGUGGCCACUCCGACCUGGAUUUACCGUUCUUGGCCCCCCUAAGCCCCCCCGUGCGGGGGGCGGCUGUGAUCGCUCUGGCGGUUGGAGGUCGGGGAGCGGCCCGGGCUCUGGCCAUGUUCUCGGAUGAGGAUUUCUGGAUCGCCCUGUGAAGAGGUCUCCCCGAGAGGGCCCUGCCCAGUCGGAGAGAGGGAUGGACAGCCCGAAGCCGCCUGGUGAGGAUAAAGAUUCAGAACCGGCAGCUGAUGGACCUGCAGCCUCCGAGGAGUCAGGCGCCACUGAGCCAGACCUUCCCAAACCACAUGUGGGGGAGGUCGCUGUGCUCAGUUCUGGGGGUCCCAGGCUUCAGGAGCCUCCCCAGGACUGCAGUGGGGGUCCAGUGCGGCGUUGUGCUCUCUGUAACUGCGGGGAGCCCAGUCUACAUGGGCAGCGGGAGCUACGGCGCUUUGAGUUGCCAUUUGACUGGCCCCGGUGUCCAGUGGUGUCCCCUGGGGGGAACCCAGGGCCCAAUGAGGCAGCACUGCCCAGUGAGGACUUAUCACAGAUUGGUUUCCCUGAGGGCCUGACACCUGCCCACCUAGGAGAACCUGGAGGGUCCUGCUGGGCUCACCAUUGGUGUGCUGCGUGGUCGGCGGGCGUAUGGGGGCAGGAGGGCCCAGAACUAUGUGGUGUGGACAAGGCCAUCUUCUCAGGGAUCUCACAGCGCUGCUCCCACUGCACCAGGCUCGGUGCCUCCAUCCCCUGCCGCUCUCCCGGAUGUCCACGUCUUUACCACUUCCCCUGUGCGACCGCCAGCGGUUCCUUCUUAUCCAUGAAAACACUGCAGCUGCUAUGCCCGGAGCACAGUGCGGGGGCCGCACAUCUGGAGGAGGCUCGCUGUGCAGUAUGUGAGGGGCCAGGGGAACUGUGUGACCUGUUCUUCUGUACCAGCUGUGGGCAUCACUAUCACGGGGCCUGCCUGGACACUGCCCUGACGGCCCGCAAGCGUGCUGGCUGGCAGUGCCCCGAGUGCAAAGUGUGCCAAGCCUGCAGGAAACCCGGGAAUGACUCUAAGAUGCUGGUCUGUGAGACGUGUGACAAAGGAUACCAUACCUUCUGCCUGAAACCGCCUAUGGAGGAACUGCCUGCUCACUCCUGGAAGUGCAAGGCAUGCCGGGUGUGCCGGGCCUGUGGGGCAGGCUCAGCGGAGCUGAAUCCCAACUCUGAGUGGUUUGAGAACUACUCGCUCUGUCACCGCUGUCACAAAGCCCAGGGAGGACAGCCUGUCAGUUCUGUUGCUGAGCAGCAUCCCCCUGUCUGUAGCAGAUUCUCACCCCCAGAGCCUGGCGAUACCCCCACUGAUGAGCCCGAUGCUCUGUACGUUGCAUGCCAAGGGCAGCCAAAGGGUGGGCACGUGACCUCUAUGCAACCCAAGGAACCGGGGCCCCUGCACUGUGAAGCCAAACCACUAGGGAGAGCAGGGGCCCGACUUGAGCCCCAGCUGGAGGCCCCCCUAAAUGAGGAGAUGCCACUGCUGCCCCCGCCGGAGGAGUCGCCCCUGUCCCCACCGCCUGAAGAAGCACCCACAUCCCCGCCGCCUGAGGCAUCACGCCUGUCCCCACCGCCUGAGGAAUCACCCCUCUCUCCACCACCUGAGGAGUCUCCUCUGUCUCCGCCCCCCGAGUCAUCACCUUUUUCUCCACUGGAGGAGUCACCCUUCUCUCCACCAGAAGAGUCCCCACCAUCUCCCCCACUUGAGACACCUUUGUCCCCACCACCGGAAGCGUCACCUCUGUCCCCACCAUUUGAGGAAUCUCCCCUGUCGCCCCCACCGGAGGAAUUGCCUACUUCCCCACCACCUGAAGCAUCUCGCCUGUCUCCGCCACCUGAGGAGUCACCCAUGUCCCCUCCACCUGAAGAGUCACCCAUGUCUCCACCACCUGAGGCAUCUUGUCUGUUCCCACCAUUUGAAGAAUCACCCCUAUCCCCUCCACCUGAGGAGUCUCCUCUCUCCCCACCACCUGAGGCGUCACGCCUGUCCCCACCGCCUGAGGACUCACCCAUGUCCCCACCACCUGAAGACUCGCCUAUGUCCCCGCCGCCUGAGGUAUCACGCCUCUCGCCCCUGCCUGAGGUAUCACGCCUGUCCCCACCGCCUGAGGAAUCUCCUCUGUCCCCACCACCUGAGGAGUCGCCCACAUCCCCUCCACCUGAGGCUUCACGCUUGUCCCCCCCACCUGAGGACUCGCCCACGUCCCCACCACCUGAAGACCAACCUGCUUCCCCGCCACCGGAGGACUUGCUUAUGUCCCUACCGCUGGAGGAGGCGUCCCUAUCACCACUGCCUGAAGAACCUCGACUCUGCCCCCGGCCUGAGGAGCCCUGUCUGUCCCCUGCGCCCGAGGGGCCACGCCUGUCCCCUGCACCUGAGGAGCCCUGUCUGUCCCCUGCGCCCGAGGGGCCACGCCUGUCCCCUGCACCUGAGGAGCCCUGUCUGUCCCCUGCGCCUGAGGGGCCACGCCUGUCCCCUGCGCCUGAGGAGCCCUGUCUGUCUCCUGCGCCCGAGGAGCACUGUCUGUCCCCUGCUCCUGGGGAGCCACGCCUGUCCCCUGCGCCUGAGGAGCCGCGCUUGUCCCCUGCACCUGUGGAGCCGUGCCUGUCCCCUGCACCUGAGAAGCUGCAUCUUUCUCCCCAGCCUGAGGAUCCACAUCUAUCCCCCCAGCCUGAGGAGUCACACCUGUCCCCCAUACCUGAGGGGCCUCAGCUGUCCCCCCAGCCCGAGAAGCCCCACCUGUCCCCCCGGCCCGAGGAGCCGCGCCUGUCUCCCCGGCCCGAGGAGCCUCGCCUGUCCCCCGGGUCUGAGGAGCCUCGCCUGUCCCCCCGGCCUGAGGAACCACGCCUGUCCCCCCGGCCUGAGGAACCGUGCCUGUCCCCUCGGCCUGAAGAGCCCCCUGAGGAGCCAGGCCUAUGCCCUGCACCUGAGGAAUUGCCCUUGUUCCUCCCACCUGGGGAGCCCCCCUUAUCCCCCUUGCUUAGAGAGCCGGCCCUGUCUGAGCCUGGGGAACCACCUCUGUCCCCUCUGCCUGAGGAACUGCCGUUGUCCCCAUCUGGGGAGCCAUCUUUGUCACCUCAGCGGAUGCCACCAGAUCCGCUUCCUCCUCCGCUCUCACCCAUUAUCACAGCCGUGGCCCCACCAGCCCUGUCUCCUUUGGGGGAGUUAGAGUACCCCUUUGGUGCCAAAGGGGACAGUGACCCCGAGUCACCAUUGGCUGCCCCCAUCCUAGAGACACCCAUCAGCCCUCCACCGGAAGCUAACUGCACUGACCCUGAGCCUGUACCCCCUAUGAUCCUUCCCCCAUCUCCAGGUUCCCCAAUGGGCCCAACCUCUCCCAUCCUGAUGGAGCCCCUGCCCCCUCACCGUUCUCCACUCCUCCAGCAUUCCCUGCCUCCUCCAAACUCUCCUCCUUCCCAGUGCUCUCCUCCUGCUCUGCCACUGUCCGUUCCUUCCCCGCUGAGUCCCAUGCAGAAGGUAGUGGAGGUCUCAGAUGAGGCUGAGUCACAGGAGAUGGAGACGGAGAAAGCCCCGGAGCCUGAGUGCCCGGCUUUGGAGCCCAGCCCUACGAGUCCUCUCCCCUCUCCCCUGGGGAACCUUUCCUGCCCUGCUCCCAGCCCUGCCCCGGCCCUGGAUGACUUCUCUGGCCUGGGGGAAGACACGGCCCCUCUGGAUGGGACUGACACUCCUGGUUCACAGCCAGAGGCUGGCCAGACCCCUGGCAGCUUGGCUAGUGAACUUAAGGGUUCCCCUGUGCUCCUGGACCCCGAGGAGCUGGCCCCCGUGACCCCUAUGGAGGUCUAUGGCCCAGAAUGCAAGCAGGCGGGGCAGGGCUCACCAUGUGAAGAGCAAGAGGAGCCAGGUGCCCCAGUGGCCCCUACCCCCCCUAUUCUCAUCAAAUCCGACAUCGUUAAUGAGAUCUCCAAUCUGAGCCAGGGCGAUGCCAGUGCCAGUUUUCCUGGCUCAGAGCCCCUGCUGGGUUCUCCCGACCCUGAGGGGGGUGGCUCCUUGUCCAUGGAGCUGGGGGUAUCUACAGACGUAAGUCCAGCCCGAGAUGAGGGCUCCCUGCGGCUUUGUACCGACUCGCUGCCCGAGACUGAUGACUCGCUCUUGUGUGAUGCUGGGACUGCUGUUGGAGGAGGCAAAGCCGAGGGGGACAAGGGCAGGCGGCGCAGCUCUCCAGCUCGUUCCCGCAUCAAACAGGGUCGCAGCAGUAGUUUCCCAGGAAGACGCCGGCCACGUGGAGGAGCACAUGGAGGACGUGGGAGAGGACGGGCCCGGCUCAAAUCAACUACUUCUUCCAUUGAGACUCUGGUAGUUGCUGAUAUCGAUAGCUCUCCCAGCAAGGAGGAAGAAGAGGAUGAUGAUGACACCAUGCAGAAUACCGUGGUUCUCUUCUCCAACACAGACAAGUUUGUCCUGAUGCAGGACAUGUGUGUGGUAUGUGGCAGCUUUGGCCGGGGGGCAGAGGGCCACCUCCUUGCCUGUUCCCAGUGCUCUCAGUGCUAUCACCCUUACUGUGUCAACAGCAAGAUCACCAAGGUGAUGCUGCUAAAGGGCUGGCGUUGUGUGGAGUGCAUCGUGUGUGAGGUGUGCGGCCAGGCCUCAGACCCCUCCCGCCUGCUGCUCUGUGAUGACUGUGACAUUAGCUACCACACGUACUGCCUGGAUCCCCCACUGCUCACCGUGCCCAAGGGUGGCUGGAAGUGCAAGUGGUGUGUGUCUUGUAUGCAGUGUGGGGCCGCCUCCCCUGGCUUCCACUGUGAGUGGCAGAAUAGUUACACACACUGCGGGCCCUGUGCCAGCCUGGUGACCUGUCCUAUCUGUCACGCCCCGUACGUGGAAGAGGACCUCCUGAUCCAGUGCCGCCACUGUGAACGGUGGAUGCACGCUGGCUGUGAGAGCCUCUUCACCGAGGAUGACGUGGAACAGGCGGCCGAUGAAGGCUUUGACUGUGUUUCCUGCCAGCCUUACGUGGUAAAGCCUGCUGCGCCUGUUGCACCUCCGGAGUUGGUGCCUAUGAAGGUGAAAGAGCCAGAGCCCCAGUACUUUCGCUUCGAGGGUGUGUGGCUGACAGAAACAGGCAUGGCUGUGCUGCGCAACCUGACCAUGUCGCCCCUGCACAAGCGGCGCCAGCGGCGAGGACGGCCUGGCCUCCCAGGCGAGCCAGGGCUGGAGGGUUCUGAACCCUCAGAUGCCCUUGGCCCUGAUGAUAAGAAGGAUGGGGACCUGGACGCUGAUGAGCUGCUCAAGGGUGAAGGUGGUGUGGAGCACAUGGAAUGCGAAAUUAAGCUCGAGGGCCCCGUCAGCCCUGAUGGAGAGCCUGGCAAAGAGGACACCGAGGAGAGCAAGAAACGCAAGCGCAAACCCUAUCGGCCUGGCAUUGGUGGUUUCAUGGUGCGACAGCGGAAAUCCCACACACGUGUGAAAAAGGGGCCUGCUGCACAGGCGGAGGUGUUGAGUGGGGAUGGGCAGCCCGACGAGGUGCUACCUGCCGACCUGCCUGCAGAGGGCCCUGUGGACCAGAGCUUAGCUGAAGGGGAUGAGAAGAAGAAGCAGCAGCGGCGAGGGCGCAAGAAGAGCAAACUGGAGGACAUGUUCCCUGCUUACUUGCAGGAAGCCUUCUUUGGGAAGGAGCUGCUGGACCUGAGCCGGAGGGCCCUUUUUGCAGUUGGGGUAGGCCGGCCCGGCUUUGGACUAGGCGGCCCCAAAGCCAAGGGGGAUGGAGGCUCAGAUAGGAAGGAGCUCCCGACCUCACAGAAAGGAGAUGAUGGUCCAGAUGUUGCAGAUGAAGAAUCCCGUGGCCCCGAGGGCAAGGCUGAUACGCCAGGACCUGAGGAUGGGGGCGUGAAGGCAUCCCCAGUGCCCAGUGACCCCGAGAAGCCAGGCACCCCGGGUGAAGGGAUGCUUAGCUCUGACUUAGACAGGAUUCCCACCGAAGAGCUGCCCAAGAUGGAAUCCAAGGACCUGCAGCAGCUUUUCAAGGAUGUUCUGGGUUCUGAACGAGAGCAGCAUCUGGGGUGUGGAACCCCUGGCCUAGACGGCAGCCGUACACCGCUACAGAGGCCCUUUCUUCAAGGUGGACUCCCUUUGGGCAAUCUCCCCUCCAGCAGCCCAAUGGACUCCUACCCGGGCCUCUGUCAAUCCCCAUUCCUGGAUUCUAGGGAGCGCGGGGGCUUCUUUAGCCCGGAACCCGGUGAGCCAGACAGCCCCUGGACAGGCUCGGGGGGCACCACGCCCUCCACCCCCACCACCCCCACCACAGAGGGUGAGGGCGACGGGCUCUCCUAUAACCAGCGGAGUCUUCAGCGCUGGGAGAAGGACGAGGAGUUGGGCCAGCUCUCUACCAUCUCACCUGUGCUCUAUGCCAACAUUAACUUUCCCAAUCUCAAGCAAGAUUACCCAGACUGGUCUAGCCGUUGCAAACAAAUCAUGAAGCUCUGGAGAAAAGUUCCAGCUGCUGAUAAAGCUCCCUACCUGCAAAAGGCCAAAGAUAACCGGGCAGCUCACCGCAUCAACAAGGUGCAAAAGCAGGCUGAGAGCCAGAUCAACAAGCAGACCAAGGUGGGCGACAUGGCCCGUAAGACUGACCGACCGGCCCUACAUCUCCGCAUUCCCCCGCAGCCAGGGGCACUGGGCAGUCCUCCUCCUGCUGCUGCCCCCACCAUUUUCAUUGGCAGCCCCACUCCCCCCGCCGGCUUGUCUACCUCUGCGGAUGGGUUCCUGAAGCCGCCGGCGGGCACGGUGCCCGGCCCCGACUCGCCCGGUGAGCUCUUCCUCAAGCUCCCACCCCAGGUGCCCGCCCAAGUGCCUUCGCAGGACCCCUUUGGACUGGCCCCCGCCUACGCUCUGGAGCCCAGCUUCCCCACGGCACCGCCCACCUAUCCUCCCUAUCCCAGUCCAACCGGGGCCCCCACACAGCCCCCGACGCUGGGCGCCUCAUCUCGUCCUGGGACUGGCCAGCCAGGGGAGUUCCACACCACCCCGCCUGGCACCCCCAGACACCAGCCUUCCACGCCUGACCCCUUCCUCAAACCCCGAUGCCCCUCACUGGACAACCUGGCUGUGCCUGAGAGCCCAGGGGUAGGGGGAGGCAAGGCUUCGGAGCCCCUCCUGUCGCCCCCACCUUUCGGGGAGUCUCGGAAGGCCCUGGAGGUGAAGAAGGAAGAGCUUGGGGCAUCCUCUCCUAGCUACGGGCCCCCAAACCUGGGCUUUGUCGACUCACCCUCCUCAGGCCCCCACCUGGGCGGCCUGGAGUUAAAGGCACCCGAUGUCUUCAAAGCCCCCCUGACCCCUCGGGCAUCUCAGGUAGAGCCCCAGAGCCCGGGCUUGGGCCUAAGGCCCCAGGAGCCACCCCCUGCCCAGGCUUUGGCCCCUUCUCCCCCCAGCCACUCGGACAUCUUUCGCCCUGGCCCCUAUCCUGACCCCUAUGCCCAGCCCCCACUGACCCCUCGGCCCCAGCCCCCACCCCCUGAGAGCUGCUGUGCCCUGCCUCCUCGCUCACUGCCCUCGGACCCUUUCUCCCGAGUGCCCGCCAGUCCCCAGUCCCAGUCCAGCUCCCAGUCCCCCUUGACACCCCGUCCUCUGUCUGCUGAGGCUUUCUGCCCAUCCCCGGUUACCCCUCGCUUCCAGUCCCCCGACCCUUAUUCCCGCCCACCCUCACGCCCUCAGUCCCGGGACCCGUUUGCCCCAUUGCAUAAGCCGCCCCGCCCCCAGCCCCCUGAAGUUGCCUUCAAGGCUGGGCCUCUAGCCCACACUCCGCUGGGGGCUGGGGGCUUCCCAGCAGCCCUGCCCUCGGGGCCGGCAGGCGAGCUCCAUGCCAAGGUUCCAAGUGCGCAGCCCCCCAGUUUUGCCCGGUCCCCUGGGACAGGUGCAUUUGUGGGCACCCCUUCUCCCAUGCGUUUCACUUUCCCUCAGGCGGUAGGGGAGCCUUCCCUAAAGCCCCCCGUCCCUCAGCCUGGUCUCCCUCCACCCCACGGGAUCAACAGCCAUUUUGGGCCUGGCCCUACCUUGGGCAAGCCUCAAAGCACAAACUACGCAGUAGCCACGGGGAACUUCCACCCAUCGGGCAGCCCUCUGGGGCCCAGCAGCGGGUCCACAGGAGAGGGCUAUGGGCUGUCCCCACUACGCCCCCCGUCGGUCUUACCACCACCUGCACCCGAUGGAUCCCUGCCCUACCUGUCCCAUGGAGCCUCACAGCGGGCAGGCAUCACCUCUCCUGUUGAGAAGCGAGAAGACCCAGGGGCUGGGAUGGGCAGCUCUUUGGCAGCACCUGAACUUCCAGGGACCCAGGACCCAGGCAUGUCCGGCCUUAGCCAGACAGAGCUGGAGAAGCAACGACAGCGCCAGCGGCUACGGGAGCUGCUGAUUCGGCAGCAGAUCCAGCGCAACACCCUUCGGCAGGAGAAGGAAACUGCCGCAGCUGCUGGAGCAGUGGGGCCCCCGGGCAGCUGGGGUGCGGAGCCUGGCAGCCCUGCCUUUGAGCAGUUGGGUCGAGGCCAGACCCCCUUUGCUGGGACUCAGGACAAGAGCAGCCUCGUGGGGUUACCCCCAAACAAGCUGGGUGGCCCCAUCCUGGGGCCAGGGGCUUUCCCCAGUGAUGACCGACUCUCCCGGCCACCUCCUCCCGCCACCCCUUCCUCUAUGGAUGUGAACAGCCGGCAACUGGUAGGGGGCUCCCAAGCUUUCUAUCAACGAGCGCCCUAUCCUGGGCCCUUGCCCUUGCAACAGCAGCAGCAGCAGCAACAGCAACUGUGGCAGCAGCAGCAGCAACAGGCAACAGCAGCAACUUCCAUGCGACUUGCCAUGUCUGCUCGCUUUCCGUCAACUCCUGGGCCUGACCUGGGCCGCCAAGCCCUAGGUUCCCCCUUGGCGGGAAUUCCCACCCGCCUGCCUGGCCCUGGUGAGCCAGUGCCUGGUCCACCUGGUCCCGCCCAGUUCAUUGAGCUGCGGCACAAUGUACAGAAAGGACUAGGACCAGGGGGGGCUCCGUUUCCUGGUCAGGGGCCCCCUCAGAGACCUCGUUUUUACCCUGUAAGCGAGGACUCCCACCGACUGGCCCCUGAAGGGCUUCGUGGCCUAGCAGUCCCAGGCCUUCCUCCACAGAAACCCUCAGCCCCAGCCCCACCGGCCCCUGAACUGAACAACAGCCUCCAUCCAGCGCCCCACGCCAAGGGUCCCAACCUGCCUGCUGGCUUGGAGCUAGUCAGCCGGCCCCCAUCCAGCACUGAGCUGGGCCGCCCCCCUCCUCUGGCCCUGGAAGCUGGGAAGUUACCGUGUGAGGAUCCUGAGCUGGACGAUGACUUCGAUGCCCACAAGGCCCUGGAGGAUGACGAGGAGCUUGCUCACCUGGGCCUGGGUGUGGAUGUGGCCAAGGGAGACGAUGAGCUGGGCACCCUGGAAAAUCUGGAGACCAACGACCCCCACCUGGAUGACCUGCUCAACGGGGAUGAGUUUGACCUGCUGGCCUAUACUGACCCUGAACUGGACACUGGGGACAAGAAGGACAUCUUCAACGAGCAUCUGAGGCUGGUGGAGUCAGCCAAUGAAAAGGCUGAACGGGAGGCCCUGCUGCGGGGAGUGGAGCCAGGACCCUUGGGCCCUGAGGAGCGCCCUCCCCCGGCUGCUGAGCCCACGGAGCCCCGUCUGACAUCAGCGCUCCCUGAGGUGAAGCCCAAGGUGGAGGAGGGUGGGCGCCACCCUUCCCCUUGCCAGUUCACCAUCACCACCCCCAAGGUAGAGCCAGCACCUGCCCCCACUUCCCUAAGCCUGGGGCUGAAGGCAGGACAGAGUGUGAUGGGCAGCCAGGACACUCGGAUGGGCACGGGACCUUUUUCCAGCAGUGGGCACACAGCUGAGAAGGUCCCCUUUAGGGCCGCAGGAGGACCACCAGCUCACCUGCUGACCCCCAGCCCACUGAGUGGCCCGGGAGGGUCCUCCUUGCUGGAAAAGUUUGAGUUAGAGAGUGGGGCCCUGACCUUGCCCGGCGGACAUGCAUCUGGGGACGAGCUGGACAAGAUGGAGAGCUCACUGGUAGCCAGCGAGUUACCCUUGCUCAUUGAGGACCUGUUGGAACACGAGAAGAAGGAGCUGCAAAAGAAGCAGCAGCUUUCAGCACAGCUGCAGCCUGCCCCGCAGCAGCAGCAGCAGCAGCAGCAGCAGCAGCAACAGCAGCAGCAGCCGCAUUCCCUACUGUCCACCCCAGGUCCUGCCCAGGCCGUGUCUUUGCCACAUGAGGGCUCUUCUCCCAGUUUGGCUGGGCCGCAGCAGCAGCUUUCCCUGGGACUUGGAGGUUCCCGGCAGCCCGGCUUGGCCCAGCCACUGAUGCCCACCCAGCCACCAGCUCAUGCCCUCCAGCAGCGCCUGGCCCCGUCCAUGGCCAUGGUGUCCAACCAAGGGCAUAUGCUAAGUGGGCAGCAUGGGGGACAGGCAGGCUUGGUGCCCCAACAGAGCCCACAGCCAGUGCUGGCACAAAAGCCCAUGGGUACAAUGCCACCUUCCAUGUGCAUGAAGCCGCAGCAGCUGGCGAUGCAGCAGCAGCUGGCCAACAGCUUCUUCCCGGAUACAGACCUGGACAAAUUUGCUGCGGAAGAUAUCAUUGAUCCCAUUGCAAAGGCCAAGAUGGUGGCUUUGAAAGGCAUCAAGAAGGUGAUGGCUCAGGGCAGCAUUGGAGUGGCACCUGGUAUGAACAGGCAGCAAGUGUCCCUGCUGGCCCAGAGGCUCUCAGGGGGGCCCGGCAGCGAUCUGCAGAACCAUGUGGCAGCUGGGAGUGGCCAGGAGCGGAGUGCCGGGGACCCUUCCCAGCCGCGUCCCAACCCACCUACUUUUGCCCAGGGAGUGAUCAAUGAGGCUGACCAGCGGCAGUAUGAGGAGUGGCUGUUUCAUACGCAGCAGCUCCUACAGAUGCAACUGAAGGUGCUAGAGGAGCAGAUUGGGGUGCACCGCAAGUCCCGGAAGGCUCUGUGUGCCAAGCAGCGCACUGCCAAAAAGGCUGGCCGUGAGUUCCCGGAGGCUGAUGCUGAGAAGCUCAAGCUGGUUACGGAACAGCAGAGCAAGAUCCAGAAACAGCUGGAUCAGGUCCGGAAGCAGCAGAAGGAGCACACUAAUCUCAUGGCAGAAUAUCGGAAUAAGCAGCAGCAGCAGCAGCAACAACAGCAGCAGCAGCACUCAGCCGUACUGGCCCUCAGCCCUUCCCAGAGUCCCCGGCUACUCACCAAGCUUCCUGGUCAGCUGCUCCCUGGCCAUGGGCUGCAGCCACCGCAGGGGCCCCCGGGGGGGCAAGCCGCAGGUCUUCGCCUGCCCCCUGGGGGCAUGGCAUUACCUGGACAGCCCGGUGGCCCCUUCCUCAACACCACCCUGGCCCAACAGCAGCAACAGCAACAUUCUGGUGGGGCUGGGGCCCUAGCUGGCCCCUCAGGGGGCUUUUUCCCUGGCAACCUUGCUCUUCGAGGCCUAGGACCUGACUCGAGGCUUUUACAGGAAAGGCAGCUGCAGCUACAGCAGCAGCGCAUGCAACUUGCCCAGAAACUGCAGCAACAGCAGCAGCAGCAGCAGCAGCAGCAGCAGCAGCAUCUCCUAGGACAAGUGGCAAUCCAGCAGCAACAGCAGCAGGGCCAGGGUGUACAGGCAAACCAGGCCCUGGGUCCAAAGCCCCAGGGGCUUCUGCCUCCCAGCAGCCAUCAGGGCCUCUUGGUCCAGCAGCUGUCCCCCCAGCCACCCCAGGGGCCCCAGGGCAUGCUGGGCCCUGCCCAGGUGGCAGUGUUGCAGCAGCAGCAACAGCACCCUGGAGCUUUGGGCCCCCAGGGCCCUCACAGGCAGGUGCUUCUGACCCAGCCCCGGGUGCUGAGUUCCCCCCAGAUGGCACAGCAGGGUCAAGGCCUUAUGGGACACCGCCUGGUCACCGCCCAGCAGCAACAGCAGCAGCAGCACCAACAGCACCAACAACAGGGAUCCAUGGCAGGGCUUUCCCAUCUUCAGCAGGGUCUCAUGCCACACAGCGGGCAGCCCAAGUUGAGUGCUCAGCCCAUGGCCUCCUUGCAGCAGCAACAGCAGCAGCUCCAGCAGCAACAGCAGCAGCUCCAGCAGCAGCAGCAGCAGCAGCUACAACAGCAGCAGCAGCUACAACAGCAGCAGCAGCAGCUACAGCUGCAACAGCAGCAGCAGCUACAACAGCAGCAGCAACAGCUACAACAACAGCAGCAGCAACAGCUACAACAACAGCAGCAGCAACAGCUACAACAACAGCAGCAGCAACAGCUACAACAGCAGCAGCAACAACAGCUACAACAACAGCAGCAACAACAGCAGCAGAUGGGCCUCUUGAGCCAGAGUCGAACUUUACUGUCUCCUCAGCAACAGCAGCCGCCGCAGCCGCCACCGCCCCAGCAGCAGGUCGCACUUGGCCCUGGCAUGCCAGCCAAGCCUUUGCAACACUUUUCCAGCCCCGGAGCCGUGGGCCCAACCCUCAUCCUAACGGGCAAGGAGCAAAGCAUUGUAGAGACGGCUCUUCCUCCAGAGGGCACUGAGGGGCCCUCCACACAGCAGGGAGGGCCAUUAGCAAUAGGAGCUGUACCGGAGUCAGUGGCCACUGAACCAGGGGAGGUAAAGCCCUCACUCUCCGGAGACUCACAGCUCCUACUUGUCCAACCCCAGGUCCAGCCGCAGCCCAACUCUGUGCAGGUGCAGCCACCUCUGAGGCUCCCAGGACAACAGCAGCAGCAAGUUAACCUGCUCCACUCAGCGGGUGUGGGAAGCCAUGGGCAGCCAGGCGGUGGCCCAUCUUCUGAGGCCUCGUCUAUGCCUCAUCUGUUGACUCAGUCCUCUGUUUCCUUAGGGGAGCAGCCUGGGCCCAUGACCCAGAACCUUCUGGGCUCCCAACAGCCCCUUGGACUAGAGCGGCCCAUACAAAAUAAUGCAGGGCCACAGCCUGCCAAACCAGGAUCUGUCCCCCAGUCUGGGCAGGGCCUGCCUGGGGCUGGAGUCAUGCCUACAGUGGGUCAGCUUCGAGCACAGCUCCAAGGAGUCCUGGCCAAAAACCCGCAGCUGCGGCACUUGAGUCCUCAGCAGCAGCAGCAGCUCCAGGCACUCCUCAUGCAGCGGCAGCUACAGCAGAAUCAGGCAGUACGCCAGACCCCACCCUACCAGGAGCCUGGGACCCAGCCCUCUCCCCUCCAGGGCCUCCUGGGCCGCCAACCCCAACUUGGGGGCUUCCCUGGAUCCCAGCCAGGCCCUCUCCAGGAGCUGGGGGCAGGACUUCGACCUCAGGGCCCACCCCGGCUCCCCGCCCCACAAGGAGCCUUAUCCACAGGACCAGCCCUUGGUCCUGUCCACCCUACACCUCCGCCAUCCAGCCCCCAAGAGCCAAAGAGACCUUCUUCACGGUUACCGUCCCCUAGCUCCCAGCUUCCCUCUGAGGCCCAGCUCCCCGCUGCCCAGCCAGGAACCCCCAAACCCCAGGGGCCGCCCUCAGAGCUGCCUUCUGGGAGGGUCUCACCUGCUGCUGCCCAGCUUGCAGAUACCUUUUUUGGCAAGGGGCUGGGACCUUGGGACCCCCCAGAUAACCUAGCGGAAGCCCGGAAGCUGGAGCAAAGCAGCAUGGUACCUGGGCAUCUGGAGCAGGUGAAUGGGCAGGCAGUGCCUGAACAACCCCAUCUCAGCAUCAAGCAGGAGCCUCGGGAAGAGCCAUGUGCCCUGGGAGCCCAGGCGGUGAAGAGGGAAGCCAACGGGGAGCCAAUGGGGGCACCAGGUACCAGCAACCACCUCCUGCUGGCAGGCCCCCGCUCAGAGGCUGGGCAUCUGCUCUUGCAGAAGCUUCUACGAACAAAGAAUGGGCGGGGGCCUGAGGGGCUGCGAGCUGAGAUCAACGGGCACAUUGACAGCAAGCUGGCUGGGCUGGAGCAGAAACUACAGGGUACCCCCAGCAACAGGGAGGAUACGGCAGCAAGGAAGCCUUUGACACCGAAGCCCAAGCGGGUACAGAAGGCAAGCGACAGGUUGGUGAGCUCCCGAAAGAAGCUGCGGAAGGAGGACGGGGUCAGGGCCAGCGAGGCCUUGCUGAAACAGCUGAAACAGGAGCUGUCCCUGCUGCCCCUCACGGAGCCUACCAUCACCGCCAAUUUUAGUCUCUUUGCUCCCUUUGGCAGCAGCUGCCCCAUCAAUGGGCAGUGCCAGCUGAGGGGGGCCUUUGGAAGUGGGGCGCUGCCCACAGGCCCUGACUACUACUCCCAGCUGCUCACCAAGAAUAACCUGAGUAACCCGCCGACACCACCCUCGUCGCUGCCCCCCACCCCACCCCCAUCGGUGCAGCAGAAGAUGGUGAAUGGUGUCACUCCAUCUGAAGAGCUGGGGGAGCACCCCAAGGAGACCGCCUCUGCCCGGGACACGGAAGGGACACUGAGGGAUGCUUCAGAGGUGAAGAGUCUAGACCUGCUGGCUGCCUUGCCUACACCCCCUCACAAUCAGACUGAGGAUGUCAGGAUGGAGAGUGACGAAGACAGCGAUUCUCCUGACAGCAUUGUGCCGGCUUCGUCCCCCGAGAGCAUCCUGGGAGAGGAGGCCCCUCGUUUCCCUCAGCUGGGCUCAGGCCGAUGGGAGCAGGAAGAGCGUGCUCUCUCCCCCGUCAUCCCCAUCAUUCCUCGAGCCAGCAUCCCAGUCUUCCCAGAGAGCAAACCUUAUGGGGCCCUGGAUCUGGAGGCCCCUGGGAAGCUGCCUGCUACAACUUGGGAAAAGGGCAAAGGAAGCGAGGUUUCAGUCAUGCUGACGGUUUCUGCUGCGGCGGCCAAGAACCUGAAUGGUGUGAUGGUGGCAGUGGCAGAGCUGCUAAGCAUGAAGAUCCCCAACUCCUAUGAGGUGCUGUUCCCAGAGAGCCCUGCCCGGGUGGGCAUCGAGCCUAAGAAGGGGGAGGCCGAGGGCCCUGGCGGGAAAGAAAAGGGCCUGGGAGGCAAGAGCCCAGAGGCUGGCCCCGAUUGGUUGAAGCAGUUUGAUGCGGUGUUGCCUGGCUAUACCCUCAAGAGCCAGUUAGACAUCUUGAGUCUCCUCAAACAGGAGAGCCCCGCCCCGGAGCCACCCACCCAACACAGCUACACCUACAACGUCUCCAACCUGGACGUGCGACAGCUCUCGGCCCCGCCUCCCGAAGAACCCUCCCCACCCCCCUCCCCUUUGGCACCCUCCCCUGCCAGCCCCCCCGCCGAACCCUUGGUUGAACUUCCAGCGGAACCCCCAGCUGAGCCACCCGUUCCCUCGCCUCUGCCACUGGCCUCGUCCCCUGAAGCAGCCCGGCCCAAGCCCCGAGCCCGGCCUUCUGAAGAAGGCGAAGAUUCUCGGCCCCCUCGCCUCAAAAAGUGGAAGGGAGUGCGCUGGAAGCGGCUCCGGCUGCUGCUCACCAUCCAGAAGGGCAGCGGGCGGCAGGAGGAUGAGCGGGAAGUGGCAGAGUUUAUGGAACAGCUUGGCACAGCCCUGCGACCCGACAAGGUGCCUCGAGACAUGCGGCGCUGCUGCUUCUGUCAUGAGGAGGGGGAUGGGGCCACUGACGGGCCAGCCCGCCUGCUGAACCUGGACCUGGACCUGUGGGUGCACCUCAACUGUGCCCUGUGGUCCACAGAGGUGUAUGAGACCCAGGGUGGGGCACUGAUGAACGUGGAGGUUGCCUUGCACCGAGGACUGCUCACCAAGUGCUCCCUGUGCCAGCGCACUGGUGCCACCAGCAGCUGCAAUCGCAUGCGUUGCCCCAAUGUCUACCAUUUUGCCUGCGCCAUCCGCGCCAAGUGCAUGUUCUUCAAGGACAAGACCAUGCUCUGUCCGAUGCAUAAGAUCAAGGGGCCCUGUGAGCAGGAGCUGAGCUCUUUUGCUGUCUUCCGGCGGGUCUACAUUGAGCGAGAUGAGGUUAAGCAAAUUGCCAGCAUCAUCCAGCGUGGAGAGCGGCUGCACAUGUUCCGUGUGGGGGGCCUUGUGUUCCAUGCCAUUGGACAGCUGCUCCCCCACCAGAUGGCUGACUUCCACAGUGCCACCGCCCUCUAUCCCGUGGGCUACGAGGCCACGCGCAUCUACUGGAGCCUCCGUACUAACAACCGCCGCUGCUGCUACCGCUGCUCCAUCGGCGAAAACAACGGCCGGCCGGAAUUCAUGAUCAAAGUCAUGGAGCAGGGCCUGGAGGACCUGGUCUUCACUGACGCCUCUCCCCAGGCUGUGUGGAAUCGCAUCAUCGAGCCUGUGGCCGCCAUGAGGAAAGAGGCCGACAUGCUGCGGCUCUUCCCCGAGUACCUGAAAGGCGAGGAGCUCUUUGGGCUGACGGUGCACGCCGUGCUGCGCAUAGCUGAAUCACUGCCCGGAGUGGAAAGCUGUCAAAAUUAUUUAUUCCGCUAUGGACGCCACCCCCUGAUGGAGCUACCGCUCAUGAUCAACCCCACUGGUUGUGCCCGAUCAGAGCCUAAAAUUCUCACACACUACAAACGGCCCCACACUCUGAACAGCACCAGCAUGUCCAAGGCCUAUCAGAGCACCUUCACAGGCGAGACCAACACCCCGUACAGCAAGCAGUUCGUGCACUCCAAGUCAUCUCAGUAUCGGCGGCUCCGCACCGAGUGGAAGAACAAUGUGUAUCUGGCUCGCUCCCGUAUCCAGGGCCUGGGGCUCUACGCAGCCAAGGACCUAGAAAAGCACACAAUGGUCAUCGAGUACAUUGGCACCAUCAUUCGCAACGAGGUGGCCAACCGGCGGGAGAAAAUCUAUGAGGAGCAGAAUCGAGGCAUCUACAUGUUUCGAAUAAACAAUGAACAUGUGAUUGAUGCUACGUUGACCGGAGGCCCUGCCAGGUACAUUAACCAUUCCUGUGCCCCUAACUGUGUGGCAGAAGUUGUGACCUUUGACAAGGAGGACAAAAUCAUCAUCAUCUCGAGCCGGCGAAUCCCCAAAGGAGAGGAGCUGACCUAUGACUAUCAGUUUGAUUUUGAGGACGAUCAGCACAAGAUCCCCUGCCACUGUGGAGCCUGGAAUUGUCGGAAAUGGAUGAACUAAGAAGCGUUGAGGCUACCAGGCAGGGGAGUCCCCCCACCCCCAACCUCUUCCCUGAAAGGGAUGAGGGGGAAGAGAGGUAGCAGCCAGAGCCAGGACCCAGGGCUGGGGCUGCCGGCUGACCGGAGCCCCGGAGCAGGAGGCUGGGGCGGAGGGCCCUAGGCCAAGCCCACCCUGGGCACCAGGGAUGACCCUCUUCCCCGCCACCGGCCCCCAGGCUGGCAUCUCUGCCCCCAGCUCCAGGAGGGGCCAGACAGAAGCAGCCAUUGGGCAUCUCAGGUUUGAGGGGGAUAUGGGCCGGGAACUACCCAGAAGCAUCUGGGAGGCAGCAGGGAGGGGGGAGGAGGAUGUGUGGCCGGGCCUCACAGCCCUGCUGCUCCCACCGACCUCUCUGGCCCAACUCAAGGCUGCAAAGAGACUUGACUAAGCUUGACAAUCCCAAAGGCCGGGUCCCACACCUGGCCCUGCCUGCCGGGUCCUGCCCCCACCCUCACCCCCAUCCCCUUCCCUCUCAAUCUGUCUCUGUCUCCCUCUUCUCCUUUGUGUCUCUGUCUCUCUAUGGGUUGUGUUUCCUUGUUUUCCACUCUGACAAAUGCAACAUGAACGGGAAAGAGGCGCCCAGCUGCCCAGGAGGGCAAGCCAGGCAAGCCGGGCAAGGAGACCCCGCACCCACACCUACCUCAUUUAAGUGUUGGAUUUUUUGCUGUUUUGAAAUGUGAGACCCUCUCCAAGCCCCCUACUGCCCCAACCCUCUCCCCCACCUCACUGCCCUCUUCUGAGUGGGUGGAAGGGGGGUAGGAGGAAGAAGAAAAAAAACAACAACAAAAAAUCCCUCUUUGUUUUUAAUUAUGGGCAUGGGAUGGUGGUUGAGGCUAAUGAUGAUGAAGAUUGGGGAUGACUGGCCCCUAGUUGCUCUAGGACUUCCUUCUCCAUCUGGACAUGGGGGCAGGAGGGGCGUGCUAAAGCUAGGACCAGGAUAUCCCCCUCCUGUUUUCCCAGCCCCAUCAUGAGCCCAUUUGCCCUCCAGCCCCUGGACGGGGUGGAUGGGUGGUAGGGUGAGGGCUAUCCCUGAGUGGCAUGCCCAUACCCAGUGAGGCAGGGUGUGGCCCGGAGCUCCCACUUUCCCUUGGUCACCAAACUGCUGCUGGUCUGGUGGGAAGGGGUGGUGAUGUGGGGGUGGGGGAGCUUAGUGUCAGCGCGGGGAGGGUGGGGGGUAUUUAUCUAUUUAUACAUGGGAUUGUACAUAGUCUUGUGGGGCAUGGGGGAGCCGGCUGGAGGUGAGAACCCUCCCCUCUCCCCCCACCCCCGGGGAGAGCAAAUGUAAAACUACUAAUUUUUGUGCUUUAUAUAUUCUAUAUAAAUAUAUCUAUUUUCUUUUUACAAAACCAGUUUAUAAAUGGUAGGGGGGUGUGGGGCGGACACAUGGAGCUCCCCUUGUGGGGGGGCCCCCUCCAUUACCCAACCUACCGCCCUUUUCCUCACCCCCUCCUCCCCACCCCCUGGCUGUGACUGCUGUAAGGUGGGGGUGUAGAGGCUGGGCGAUUCCCACCCCCUUUUGUAUAGUUGGACUAUGUUAUAACGCACAAAAGUGAGCUGGCCCCAGGGGGAGCCAGAGGGUAAUGGGUUCCCCUGCCUCCCUUUCCUUCCCCUUUCUGCCCAAGCUUGUGCUGCAGUUGAACCUCUUCCUGGGGGUAGGGGUAGGUCCGGGGGUAGAUGCGGCCCCAGACCCCUCUCUGGUAGGGAGCCGUGGGGAUGAAGAUGAAGCUUAUAUGCAGUUCUCUCCUAGGGGCUGUGGGCAAAGGGCAUUUUGUAAUUAAUAUUUUCAAGAAUCAAAUAUCUGGAGUGUAGGGGUGGGCUUGGUGGCGGUGUGUGGGCAGGCCUGCUGGAGGGGGAGCACGGUCGCUGUUGUGAUUUUAGGUUUGUUUUUGUUUUGUUUUUGAAUUUGGGGGGUUGCGGAUUGAUGGGGGUAGGGAGUUUUUUUUUUUUUUUUUUUUAAGCUGCUUCCUCAACUGUUUCAAGCUGCAAAUGUUUAAGAGGAUAACAUCCCACCCCCACCCCCACCCCUACCCCCACAGAAACCACUGUAAUGAAAUCAGACAGUGGGGAGACUGGGCUGCUGACUCCAAAGCCAUUGGAUGUUCCUUUUCCAAGAGCAAAAGGUCUAGGCUCCAGGGAUGGGGAGAUUUGGCUCCAGUGAGUCAGGCCCUGGUUGGGGCUUGGGCCCUGGGAUUGGGAAAAGGGGAUGGGGCAGACUUUGUAAGCGUAUGCUAGGUAUCCGAUAGUCCUGUAGAAUUUAGUGAAGAAACCUUAUACAGUUUUUAAUUUUUAUAUAAACUAACUCAGACCCAAGCUACAAGGUUGGAAUUUUGGUUGUUGGUUUUUUUUUUUUUUUUUAAGUACCCCGCCUGUAUAAUUGCAUCAGAAUUCCCUCCCCCACCCCCACCCCCGUGUUUGUAUUUUGGGUUGGUUUACACUUGCACAUAUUCAAUUUUCAGUUUUUCCCCUUUACGGUCUUCUCCCCUCACCUCCAGGACCCUCCCCCUUUUUAAAAAAUAAAUCUCUGACAAGUGUGAAUCCCGUGAAGACUUUAUUUUGUGUUGUGUGUAUCCUGUACAGCAAGGUUGGUCCUUCGUAACAACGGAUGAAAUGAUUCCCUUUUUUAAAGCGCCCUCUCUCCCUCCACCCCCAGCGCCCCUGUCCUUGGCAUGUUUUGUAUCAGCGAUCAUUCUGAACUGUACAUAAUUUAUGUUGCAAGAGGCAAAGGGCAAGUUUUGGAUUUUGCUUCUUCCAAGUUUGUUUUUAAACGACAAAUAAAAAAAAGAACAUUUUAAAUACAA